AUGUGCGGAAUACAUGGCAAAGGGUCGAUAAGACCUAGCUGCACCGGUUCAAAUAUAUGCAAACGCCAAUACGGCAGCCAGGCAUGGCCCAAUGGCUUUGUAUUCCGAUACCAAGUCCAGGGCGUUCUCCCAGGAUCCGACCAAGCUACUAUGGAGGCGUCCUUUGAACGGGCUUGGUCGAAAUGGGCCCGAGUCUGCCCUUAUACCUUCCAAAAGGCAAACGGGAACGCCAACGUGACAAUCUCAGUUGUCGAUGCCAAUGACCAGUUUUUCCUACAAAAUCCCCAGACGCAAGCGUAUGCCAACAUUGGACCCUCGGGCGGUGAGCAAAGUUAUGUCAGAUUCAAGGGACCCGCAUUUGCCCAAUGGACUCCUUCGGCGAUACAUACUCUCUUUUUGCAUGAAUUCGGCCACGUCCUUGGACUCAGUCACGCCAAUGACCCGAACUCGAUCAUGUCUGCCUUCAUCGGUAACAUGUUUUCCGAACGAGAGCUCACGAACGACGAUGUUGUGAGAAUGCAGGGCGUUCUUAGCGCCAAUGGCCUGAGUUCUCCAAAUAAUGGACAGCAAAUCAACAAUAAUGUCCCCCAGAAUAAUGGCAAUAACGGACAAAACUACUACCAGACGCCGAAUCAGAACCAGCAGAACUAUUAUCAGAAUCCAAACCAAAACCAGCAGCAGAACUACUAUUAUAAUUACCCCCAGAAUCAGAACCAGAAUCAGAAUCAAAACUACUAUUAUUACUAUAACUAUCCAAAUCAAGGCUAUUCCUACUAUAAGCGGUCGGUUGCGGCAGGCAAGAAUUCAUCGGCGAGGGAAGAAAGGUCUAAAACUCAUUGGAGGCGAUAUCAGGAGAUUGAGGGCAAGAAAUAA